CCGGGUUUUACGAGCCUCUCCCCCGCCGCAGUGGGAGGAAGUUGGACCCACAAAGCAAGCAGUGCCGCUGUGCUAGCACAAAUAUAUAUAAAUAUACACACGCACAGAAAAAUACACCAAACUAGAGGGACUUCUACUGGGAAACUAUGCGGCACAUUGGAGCUGUAGAGCGGGCAGUUUAGCCGGAAGAGGAGCGGACUCUGGAAGACGCUCCAGGGAGGCGGUGGGACGCGCAGCUGCUUAGCCGGAGAGAGAGCUCUCUAGCGCGGGUAGCCGGGCAGCCAGGAGCCGCUCGGUCGUCUCGUCUGGUUCUCGUCGUUUUUCCCCAGCGUCGACGUCCCGGAGGAGGAGGCAGCGUGGUGUUUCUAUUUAAUUUUUUAAAACACCAUAAAUGUGUCUCCUUGUUAUUUAAAUAAGAUUUCACGCCAGAGAGAAGUUUUAACAAGAUACCCCCCCCCUCCCCCCCCGCCUCCCCCACCUCCACCGACAUCAGCGUCACCACCAACCCGCACUCAGUCGCUCUCUGCUGGGUCUGCAUGCGAGGAGGGACCCCCUCCCUUUCACAACGGGGUAACUCAGCCACAGACGAUGGAUUAAUUUCUGCGACUUUCUCUGUGUUCUUGAACCCUUUUAUUUUAUUUUGUCUUCCUCUCUUUUGCACGCUUCAUUUUUCGGAGGGGGUGGGGGGGUCUUUGAAAUACUUCCCCAAAAUAAACGAAGCGGACUCCGUUAGCUCGUUAACGAAAACACGGAAUCGAGCCCGAGCAGCCGUUAAAGGGCUGCUGCUCGCGGCAGCUCGUGGCCGCCGGUCACCGGGACGUCCUUCCACACACCUCGGCCGCCGUUAAAUAAAACUCGAUGUAUUUAUCGAUUAAUCACCUCUUCUUCUGAGGGAGUUAGCCUAACUGGCUAGCUAGCUUCGCUGCUAACUAGCAGGCGGACCCAAAAAUAUAUCGAUCUCCCCUCGCACCCCCCCUCCCCCUCGAGGCUAAAACAAGGAUCAGUCUCGGGAUAAAUCAAUUAGCUUCAUCUAAACCGCUUAAGCAGCUGAGACGUCGAGGAGGAGGAAGUCACACCUCGAGGCUCCGGACCGACCUGUCGACGCCUCCUUUUAUCCCGGCUGAGAGCCCCACGUGUCCCUCAUCAUUCCGGGUUUCCAGGAGCCUCUCGGAUCCACCUCGCCUCUCAGAGACCUGCACAUGCUGCACACCACUGGUGUUUUUUGGGGGCCACAUUUCCACCCAGAGGGACCAGGCGGGACCCCCUGAAGGCCCGCAGGACCCUGACAGCUGUCUCUCUCUCCGCAUCCAGCGAAGGACAACUAAGCUACAGGAAUCUGCUUCAUUUGUAUUCGUUCCUCCUUCGACGCGACCUGCAUGCUGUGUUCUCUCGACAUGGGGGCCCCGUGAUGGGAGUCUGAGGGCGACACGACACCUCCCCCCGCCGCCCCUCUGUUCAUGCUGCUCGUGUCUAGCAGAGGAGGACGUUGUUGUUAUUUUUAAUUCCCCUAAAAGACAACAACAACACACCCGGUUGUUUAUCAUCGAUCGGCUCGUCCCGGGUGAAGAUGGCGGACCUGGAAGCGGUGCUCGCGGACGUCAGCUACCUGAUGGCGAUGGAGAAGAGCAAGUCCACCCCGGCGGCCCGCGCGAGCAAGAAGAUCAUCCUGCCGGAGCCCAGUAUUCGCAGCGUGAUGCAGAAGUAUCUGGAGGAGAGAGACGAGCUGACGUUUGACAAGAUCUUCAACCAGAAAAUUGUCAUCCCUUCUUUCUCCUCCUCUUGCCAUCUCUCUCUUUUCAUCCUCCCUCAUCCUCCCACUUUUCUUCCUCCCUCCCUCCCCCCCACAUCUCCUCUACUUCCUCCUCCUCUCCGAUCUCUCCCUCUUGUCUUUCUCUCCCUCUCCGUCUCUCUGUGUGUGUGUGUGUCUCUGUGUGUGUGUGUGUGUGUGUGUCCUCAGCUCACCAUGAAUGACUUCAGCGUUCAUAGGAUCAUCGGUCGUGGAGGCUUCGGUGAGGUGUACGGCUGCAGGAAGGCCGACACGGGCAAGAUGUACGCCAUGAAGUGUCUGGACAAGAAGCGCAUCAAGAUGAAACAAGGAGAGACUCUGGCCCUCAACGAGAGGAUCAUGCUGUCGCUCGUCAGCACCGGGGACUGCCCGUUCAUCGUGUGCAUGACGUACGCCUUCCACACCCCCGACAAGCUGUGCUUCAUCCUGGACCUCAUGAACGGCGGGGACCUCCACUACCACCUGUCCCAGCAUGGCGUCUUCAGUGAGAAGGAGAUGAGGUUCUACGCAGCCGAGAUCAUCCUGGGCCUGGAGCACAUGCACAACCGCUUCGUGGUCUACAGGGACCUCAAGCCGGCCAACAUCCUGCUGGACGAGCACGGCCACGUCCGCAUCUCUGACCUCGGCCUGGCCUGCGACUUCUCCAAGAAGAAGCCCCACGCCAGCGUGGGGACUCACGGCUACAUGGCGCCCGAGGUCCUCCAGAAGGGCACGGCCUACGACAGCAGCGCCGACUGGUUCUCCCUGGGCUGCAUGCUGUUCAAGCUGCUGCGGGGGCACAGCCCCUUCAGGCAGCACAAGACCAAAGACAAGCACGAGAUCGACCGCAUGACGCUCACCAUGAAUGUGGAGCUUCCUGACUCCUUCACUGUGGAGCUCAAAGGCCUCCUGGAGGGGUUACUGCAGAGAGACGUCUGUAAGAGGCUGGGCUGCCACAGUCUCAGGGCCCCGGAGGUGAAGGAGCACCAGUUCUUCAAAGGCAUCGACUGGCAGCAGGUGUACCUGCAGAAGUACGCUCCUCCUUUAAUCCCUCCCAGGGGGGAGGUGAACGCUGCCGACGCUUUCGACAUCGGCUCCUUCGAUGAGGAGGACACCAAAGGCAUCAAGGUAACGACCCAGAACAGAGCAGGACCAGAACCCAGUGAGCAGGACCAUAACUCUUUGAGCAGGACCAGAACCCAGUGAGCAGGACCAGAACCCAGUGAGCAGGACUAGAACCCAGUGAGCAGGACCAUAACUCUUUGAGCAGGACCAGAACCCAGUGAGCAGGACCAGAACCCAGUGAGCAGGACUAGAACCCAGUGAGCGGGACCAGAACCCAGU